CGAAUAGUUCUGACUUCAGUGGAGAUUAGCCUGCGGAAUAAACUCAUUCUCCGGAUAUACUUAUUAUUUUUUAAUAACGCUAUGUCAAGCCUUGCCCCAGUAGUCGUGAUAAUUUUCUUACUUUGUAUCUCAUUACAAUACUCGGAAUCAUUUGAGUUUCCGAGUAAUUUUGAGCUUUGUCAUCGAAGCGACAAUGAGUGCAUUGUGAAAAAUGCAAAUAAAAUUAUUCACGAAUAUCCUCACGGAUAUCCUGAAAUAUUUCUGCCCGACUUUGAGCCAAUGCGAUUGGAGAAACUAGAAAUAAAAGGCAAUCCGGAUAGCCCAAUCAACUUUAACCUCCUAAUGACGGACAUAGAGAUGCAUGGCUAUUCAAAUGGAACCUUUACAAAGUUUACUGGUUUCGACAAGGACCCACAUAAGGUUAAAAUAGAGACUGAAUCCACAAAUCCUCGACUUAUAAUCCGUUCAAAGUACAAGGUGUCUGGGAAGUUAUUGGUGGUUCCUAUAACUGGCGAAGGGGACAGCACCAUGACCAUAACAGGACUUAAAAUCAAAACUCGAUCGAAGCCUACAUUUGAGAUGAGAGAUGGAAAGACGUAUCUCAAAUUUUCGGCUUAUAAGUUACAAGUGGAACCAGAAAAAAUUCAUAUCGAUAUGACGAACUUAUUUAACGGUGACAAUGUUCUUAGUGAAAAUAUGUUAAAUAUUAUGAAUGAAAACUGGAAGUUGCUGUGGGAUGAGAUGUCUCCGAAGUUUAACGAAGCCAUAAUAGCUGCAAACUUAAAGGUUUUGAACACCAUGCAUGCUAAAAUACCUUACGAAGAUAUGUUUUUGCCCGAUUAAAUAUAAGUUGAGUGUAAGUUUGUUAUCGAAAUGAAUAUCAUAAAUAAAUGUUCUUUUUUUCUCAAUAAAAGAAAAUAACUGUCAAA